CGCGCCGAUCAUUACGAGGUCCGCGCAUUUCCCGUGCCGCGCCGCUAAAGCCGCGUUACGUCGGACUUAUCGGUCUCAAAUCUGAUCAGAUAAGAUUUAAUCCCCCGGGUUUCCCAUCAUUACCUACUUCCACUCCAACAGUUCUACGAGUAGAACUUCCAAUUCAAUGUCUGUCCGGCCAAUACUACGGCCGUCAUGGCGUGCACUAUCGAAGUUCUCCUCGAAGCGCCUGAUGAGUCGACAUGCGCCGCCGUUCCCUACAAUUCCCUCAUGCCCCGCAGCGACUUGCACCUGUGCGCCCAUGCCAGAAUUCCCGGAAGGACUCGAAAUCGACCAUAGCAAACCAUUGAACGGGACAAUGGCUCCAUAUGCCGAACAGCUCCUUGUCUGCACUGGACAACCAGACUGGCUCAGCCGAGUUGAGGAGGAAAACGCCGGGGACAACCUUGUCGCUGAUGUAAAAGAGCUCGUCGGUCGAGGGGGUAUCUACUCCGACCCCUAUCACAACACUCCCUUGACAAACUCCUCGUUUCAAGCCACCACACCCCCUCCAUACCUCCGAGAUGUCCCAACAACCUCUGCGUACCUCCUCCCGUCAUUCACAUACGUCCCUCUCAUCCCCCGUUCCUUCGAUGCCGUCCAAGCCCUCGUUAAAGGCUACCUCCUCCCCACCAGGCUCAACCCUGCUCACGAGGUGCUCUCACCCAUCCAUCAAGACCGACUGAAGCGGUCGGAGGCAUACCAGGCGUUCCUACCACCGGCGCAGGAGGUUGAGGAUGUCCUGGUCCUAAUCUGCGGACAUGGGGGCCGAGAUGCGAGAUGUGGCGUCCUGGGGCCUGUACUGGCGAAGGGGUUUGAAGGGGCACUAUCCAGAGCUGGGGUGGAGGUGCUGGAUGGUCCCGUGCCACUGGCGACAUCUUCGCCGUCCUCGCUCAUACCAGGCCCAGUGACUGGGCCUGGUAUGAGCGCCAGAGUGGGGUUGAUUAGCCAUAUUGGCGGGCACAAGUUUGCGGGGAAUGUGAUCCUGUAUAUCCCGCCCUCGGCGAAGUUAAAGGGGGGAGAGCCGCAUCCGUUGAGGGGCAUGGGUAUUUGGUACGGAAGGGUUGAGCCGAAGCAUGUGGAGGGUAUUAUAGCCGAGACGCUGGGGGAGGGCAAGGUAGUCAUGGACUUGUUUAGAGGGGGAGUGGAGAAGGGGAAGGGCAUGUUGCGGUUGUAG